CACUUUGAAGCAGAAGGCUGGCCUGAGAAAUCAUGUUGUCUUACUCAUCCUACAUCCUCAUAGGACUGGCUGCUUUGUCAGUGACUUGCCAUGCAGCGAGUAACUAUCCAGGGAUUUUUGGGGUGCCUGGUAUCCCUGGAGGAGAUGGUCCGAGAGGACCGCCUGAUUUUCUGGCUGCCCAACUCUACAAUGCUGUAGCAAAUUUGCAACAUCAGCUUCUCCAAGUUGAGGCUGUGCUCGCUUUGAACGGGAAAAUAAGAAAAGUAGGAGACAAAAUAUUUGCCAGCAAUGGGAAGAAAGCUGACUUUGCAUCUGCACUACGAACCUGUGAAGAGUUUGGAGGAACUCUUGCAACUCCCAAGAAUGUGGAGGAGAAUAAAGCAAUUAUGGACAUUGUGAAGCAGUAUAACCAAUAUGCUUUCUUGGGCAUUAGAGAGGGGGAGAUUCCAGGCCAGUUUAAGUAUAUAAAUAGCAUGCCUCUGACUUACAGCAACUGGCGCCAGCACCAGCCUGAUGGCAAAGGGAGAGAGAAAUGUGUGGAGAUGUUCACUGAUGGCACCUGGAAUGACAGAAAGUGCAACGUGUAUCGUCUCACAAUCUGCGAAUUUUAAAGAAUGCCUUUCAGCCACCUCAGAGCAUGGAGAUAGUGAAGUAGCUGUGUUUCAGGCUGAUUAAAUUCCUGCAGUUUCUCUGUAUCCUAAAAUAUAAAAUGAAUCAUAUUGUGAUAUUUUUUAGCUUUAGGAAAAUGCCAAAUGUACGAGGUGAUUAACAUGAUUAAAAUGUGACUGAACUGA